AUGGUCCAGAUCAGCGAGGUCAAGGGCAAUAAGCGGGAUAACCGCACGGCGGCCCACACGCACAUCAAGGGCCUCGGCUUGAGGUCAGAUGGCCUCGCCGAGAAGCAGGCUUCCGGUUUUGUCGGCCAAACGUCAGCUCGAGAGGCCUGUGGCGUUGUAGUCGACCUCAUCCGAGCACACAAGAUGGCUGGCCGCGGGGUUCUCCUAGCCGGCGGACCCGGCACCGGCAAGACCGCCCUCGCCCUCGCCGUGAGCCAGGAGCUCGGAACGAAGAUACCCUUUUGCCCCAUUGUCGGCAGCGAGAUCUACUCGAGCGAAGUGAAGAAGACGGAAGUUUUGAUGGAGAACUUUAGGCGCGCCAUCGGCCUCAAGGUCCGGGAGACGAAGGAAGUCUACGAGGGCGAGGUGACGGAACUUACCCCUGAAGAGGCCGAGAACCCCCUCGGCGGAUACGGCAAGACUAUCAGCACCCUUUUGAUCGGGCUCAAGAGCGCCAAGGGACAGAAGAAGCUUAGGCUCGAUCCUAGCAUAUACGAAGCCAUCCAAAAGGAGAGGGUCACGGUCGGCGACGUCAUCUACAUUGAGGCAAACACAGGCGCGUGUAAGAGGGUCGGCCGGUCGGAUGCUUACGCUACCGAGUUCGACAUCGAGGCGGAGGAGUACGUCCCCAUCCCCAAGGGUGAGGUGCAUAAGAAGAAGGAGAUUGUGCAGGACGUGACGCUCCACGACCUCGAUGUCGCCAACGCGCGGCCCCAGGGCGGCCAGGACAUCAUGAGCAUGAUGGGCCAGCUGAUGAGGCCAAAGAUGACGGAGAUCACGGACAAGCUCCGGACGGAGAUCAACAAGGUCGUCAGCAAGUACAUUGAUCAGGGUGUAGCCGAGCUGGUGCCCGGUGUCCUGUUUAUCGAUGAGGCCCACAUGCUCGACAUGGAGUGCUUCACGUACCUCAACCGCGCCCUCGAGUCCCCCAUCGCGCCCAUCGUCAUCCUCGCUUCCAACAGGGGCAUGUGUACCGUGAGGGGGACGGACGACAUCGUCGCUGCCCACGGCAUCCCGCCCGACUUCCUUGCCCGACUCCUUGUCAUCCCUACGACGCCCUACCAGCCCGAAGAGAUUAAGCGCAUCAUCAAGAUUCGUGCCACGACCGAGGGCACGUCUGUUACGGAUGGUGCGGUGGAGAAGAUUGCCGAGCAUGGUGAGCGCGUUAGCUUGAGGUACUGCCUGCAGCUAUUGACACCCUCUGGAAUCCUCGCCAAGGCCAACGGUCGUUCCCAAGUCGACGUUCAGGACAUUGCCGAGUGCGCGGACAUGUUCCUCGACGCUCGGCGAAGUGCGUCGCUCUUGAACAGUGAGGCGGGCAAGGGUUAUCUUUCGUGA